GAGAGAGAGAGCGAGAGAAAGAGGGAGGGAGGUAAAGAACAGAUAGGCGAACAACAAAAGGUGCUUGUAGUUUAGGACAGCUGAACUUCACACAGAGUAAACGGGAUUCCCUCGUUUGGCCCCGAGUGAGCAGACUCAAGUUUUCGCUCAACAGAUCGCUCGCUGGUUCUUUUCUAGUCUAGAGGUGUUUACGCACGGGGGGGAAAGGACGCGUGAAUAUCUCCACGGCUCAGGGCAUCAAGGUUUUUACAUGAAUUCAAAAACAGCCGACCAGUGAUCGCUGGAAGCUGUGGAUUAAGUCUUUCAGUUUUUAACCCCGACUCGCCGACAUGGAGGGCUUUCUUCGUAGCAGCUUUUUACUGAGCAGAGUGAUGUCUUCAAAGCAAGCCACGUCUCCUUUCGCCUCCGUCGUUGACGGGGACGACGCCAUGAGCCAGGAGCACUUGUCUUGGGAGAAAGAGGAGAGCGCCGAGGCCCACGGCACUCCGCAGCUGCCCCUGCACAGCCUGCUCCAUGGAAAAACCCAUCCCGAGGAAAUGCAGCCGCUCAGCAGCGUGCCGCAAGAGAGCGAUUGGGACAGCCUGGUGUCAGCCCAACAGCGCAUGGAAUCUGACAGCAAUAAAGUAUGUUCCCUGUACUCCUUCCGGAACAAUUCCACUUCACCACACAAGCCGGAGGAGGGGGCCCGGGAGCGAAGUGACCUGCUGAGCGGAUCAGCUUUUGGAACUCCGGAGCGCCGCAAAGGAAGCCUGGCAGACGUAGUGGACACGCUGAAGCAGAAGAAACUGGAGGAGAUGACAAAGACAGAGCAAGACGAUUCCACAUGCAUGGAAAAACUUCUUUCCAAAGACUGGAAGGAGAAGAUGGAGCGGCUCAACACAAGUGAACUGCUGGCAGAAGUAAAAGGUACUCCAGAGAGCCUGGCAGAAAAGGAACAGCAGCUCUCCACAAUGAUCAGCCAGCUGAUCAGCCUGCGAGAGCAGCUACUGGCUGCCCACGACGAACAGAAGAAGCUGGCCGCCUCGCAGAUGGAGAAACAGAGGCAGCAAAUGGAGCUGGCUCGUCAGCAGCAGGAGCAGAUUGCGAGACAGCAGCAGCAGCUUCUGCAGCAGCAGCACAAAAUCAACCUCCUCCAGCAACAGAUCCAGCAGGUCCAGGGUCACAUGCCUCCGCUCAUGAUCCCCAUUUUUCCACACGACCAACGUACUCUGGCAGCAGCAGCCGCCGCCCAGCAAGGAUUUCUCUUCCCUCCGGGAAUGUCUUAUAAGCCAGGUGAUAACUACCCCGUGCAGUUCAUUCCAUCCACGAUGGCAGCUGCAGCAGCGUCAGGACUCAGCCCUCUUCAGCUCCAGCAACUGUAUGCCGCCCAGCUCGCCAGCAUGCAGGUCUCUCCUGGAGCCAAGAUGCCUCCACUCCCCCAGUCCCUCAAUGCCAGUGGGCCCAUUUCUCCCUCGUCUCUGAAGAAUGACAAGAGCUCCUCCAGUCCCAUCACUCACGUAAAGGAGGAGGGAACACAGCCGCUCAACCUGUCUGCUCGGCCAAAGACGACGGACCUGAUGAAAUCCCCCACGUCCCCGACACAAAACCUGUUCCUGGGAAGUAAAAGCAGCCCCAACAGUCUGCUGAGCAAGGGCGGCCUCCCCAGCCCGCUCGCAGGAGGCCUCAGCCGGGGCUCAUCUCUGGACAUCCUGUCCAGCCUAAACUCUACCGCGUUGUUCGGAGACCAGGACACUGUGAUGAAGGCCAUCCAGGAGGCUCGGAAAAUGAGAGAGCAGAUCCAGAGGGAACAGCUGCAACAUCACCAGCAGGGCUUAGAGGCAAAGCUGUCCGCCCUCAACUCAGUGGGCCUCAACAACUGCAGAAUUGACAAGGAGAGGGCGCAUUAUGAGAGCAUCGGCCACCACCUUGGCAAGCUGGGGGAGGAGGCAAAGAUCGGCCACAGAGUUAUUGACCUCACCAGGCCAGAGGAUCUUGAUGGAGGUGCCGGAUCCACUGAGGCACGAGUCUUUAGGGAGGCCAGAGGAAGGAACAACAACGAGCCCCACAUUAAAAGGCCAAUGAAUGCAUUCAUGGUGUGGGCCAAGGAUGAGCGGCGCAAGAUACUCCAGGCCUUCCCUGACAUGCACAACUCCAACAUAAGCAAGAUUUUGGGCUCCCGGUGGAAGUCUAUGACCAACCAGGAUAAGCAGCCAUACUAUGAGGAGCAGGCCCGUCUGAGCAAGCAACACCUAGAGAAGUACCCAAACUACAAGUACAAGCCGCGGCCUAAGAGGACCUGCAUCAUCGACGGAAAAAAACUUCGCAUUGGAGAGUACAAGCAGAUGAUGCGCUCACGGCGACAAGAGAUGAGGCAGUUCUUCACUGUGGGACAGCCACCACAGAUUCCUAUCACCACCAGCCCUAGCAUGGUCUAUCCAGGGGCCAUCACCAUGGCAACCACCACACCCUCACCUCAGAUGACAUCAGAGUGCUCGAGUGCCUCGGCGAGUCCCGAGCCGUCCAUUCCUGUCAUCCAGAGCACCUACAACAUGAAGCUAGAGCCCAACACCAUGGCAAACGACAGCGUGCCGGUCAACGGGGUGGAUGAGAUGGACAUGUACGAGGAUUUUGAGGAUGAGCCCAAAUCAGACUAUAGUAGUGAAAACGACACACAUGAGCCGGUCAGCGCCAACUGAGAUGUCUUUAACGGAAGAGGCCCGUGCCAAUGCAGACACAACACUCAUACAGGAGGAUGCCCAGAAGGCUGGCCUGAUCUGAGGGAGUGAAAGCGCAAAAUGAAACUUCACCUCAAAGGUUUAAAAAAAUGUAAAAUAGGUAAUUAACCAUGUAUCAUUUAGGAGCCAGCAUGCAGGUGUGGCUUCAUCAGAAUCAAACGCUAUUUGGUCUUAAGUGUUUCUUCAAGUGUGUGAAGCAAUUUGGUUGUUGUUAUUUGGAGUAUUUUUUUCUUUCUUUUUUUCAUUGUUUUGUUUUUCAUCGAGAUCACUGACAUUUACACAUUUGGGUUGUAGAACAAAAGACAGAACUUUAAAUUUAACAUCAGACAUUGCCUUGUUUUCUUCUUUAAGUAGAUCAUUUCGAUUGAAAUUGCAUAACUGUUCAAGAUGGGGAUAAUAUUCUCACUCAGGUAUAGUGUGCCAGCCAACAGCUUGUGGAUGUUUGUAAUCAAUCAUGAAUUAUUAGGAUGAUCAGUUCAAAAUAUCUCAAAAAUUAACAGACGGGAGAUUACACAUUAUUAUUAUUAUUAUUAUUAGUGUUAUUUAUAUUACACAAGCUGUAUACUUUAGUGCAGAAGUGCCAAACAUUUCAAGUUGUUUCUAAAAUCUGUAAGAUCUUUUGGGAGUGGCUUCUUGAGUCUUGGACAAUCUCUUGAUCCCUUAAUACAGCUUCAUUAUCCAGACUUUCUUCAAUUUACACUAACAGAACAAACACACGGAACUCAGGAACUUGGAGGCAGCAGGCUCUGCAGGAGGUUACAGUAUGUGACAUGUUUGGGUGGUAGCUUGUGAGGCUAGCUGUCCUCCGUGGAGCCGUAAUGCAGUGAUCAUCAAUGAGAACAGCCAGGCCUUUCAUUUCCUCAUCCCAGUCCAGGCAGAGCACUGCGGCAUCCCCAUCUCAUUUCUAGCACUGCAUACCAGUCUGAAUCACCAAAUUCUUAAUCAGAGUGAUUGUAAUCAGGCCAGAAUGCAAAAGGGCCAAAGGCCUCCAAUCUGUGGGAUUGGAACAGCAUCGAAAGGCAGCUUUGGGGGCAUUACAAUCUCAAAUUGAUGUUGUACAAUGUUUAGCUACAGUACGUUCUGUUAAGGCUUUAGCCCCAUUUGGAUGACAAGUUUAAAGUCUUACGUCUUAGAACUUCAUUUUUUUCCAAUCUUAAUUCUUCAUGGACAUUGUAAAUCUUAAAUUGACACUAAGAAGUCUUAAAGCGGAGCACGGUCAUCGGGUUGAUGCAAUGAGUUGAUUACUGCUGUAGUCUUAAGAGGAGUGACAGUUUAUGAGGAUAUUUAUAAACUGAGAGAAAGGCGAGAAUCAUGUUUGUUUCUUAAAUUACCUCGUCAUAUACUCAUGACAGCGGUGACUUAAAACACAGAUUUUUGCAUUAGUGCACUUAUACAAAUCUUAAUCUGUCUCCCUUGAGCCCUAUGUUGUUGUUUUAAAUUAAUUCUAUACGCUUUUGAAAUGCACUUAACCCCUUGCAUUUAAAUGUAACAACUCAACCAAGGGGUGAGAAGUCUGCCCUCAUUUCAGCUAAAAAGCUGACAAUUGGUGACCUUCUGGCGAGUGUAGCUUGAUAAAGCAAAGGCCUUGAUGUUGAGACAGAGAUCCUCUUUGCAGGGCAGAAGGUCUAAGUGGCUUCCUUCCCUGCCAUGCCUUGCUCUGACCCCUGCCCGUGGCAACCUCAGCUCCCACGGGUCGCCAUCUGGCUCAGAGUAGGAGAAAACACCAGGGAGGGAUGGGAAACAAUAAAAACGGGGUUUGUGUCCCUCAUUGUGCUCUCCAUCAAAGUGCUAGUAGUAAGGCCUCAACAGGGCUCCCACCCCGGCCCAAUCACCAGGCACUGGCGAGCAGAUGGAACAAGUACAUCAAGCUGUGGGGGAUUAUUAAAAUGACUGACGACUGGGUAUCAUCUGAAAUACAGCAUUAUUAAUGCAUGACUCCUGCUAUUCCCUUCCCUUGCCCUUGAACCUGUCCAUUUCAGAAAGAACUCAGAGCUUUUUGAAGGAUCUGAAUGGCUGGUCACUGGCUUUAACUGGUCAAGAUCCCCACUGCUGGUCACUGCAUUUUUCUCCCAGGUCUAAUUGGUACAGGUGGCUCUAUAUAUCUCCCACGCACUCAAUUCGUCUGUGCUCUUAUUGUCAAUAUCAGUGCUAGCUUGCUCUACUUUUGGAAGCAUUUAUGUUAUUAUAAUUUUGUAGGGUUUUUUUUUAACCGACCAUUCAUUAUUCCUGUUUUAUUUUCUUCUCCAUCACAUCUUUUCUACAUUAUUCUCAUUUUGAGGUACAAAACAUUUGAUUGAUUCUCUCCUGCAACAAACCCAAGUGGAUUUCCCUCCAAGUCAAACUGUUUGCUGGUGGUUAGAUUGAUUUGUAUGUGAUUGUAAAUAUUGUCAUGACCAUGCCACACAUGCUUGGCUGGUAGCUAAAGAGGACUCUUCAUGGAACUGAAACUUGACUGUGCUUGUAUAGCAACAACAACAAAAAAGAUACAAAAAUGACAAGAACUCACAAGGGGACAAUGUUUCUUAAGUGUUAUAAGCACUGGAUAUAAAUUGUAUUUUUAUCAAUUCUGAUUAAUGUGAAGCUGUUCAAGGAAAAAAACACCAUGAUUGAACAAAAAUCUCCAGUUGGACUCAAGUGGGUUUGCUCUCACAGUUGCCAGAUUUGAGUCAUUUUUUGUCUACUUAUUUUGUUUAUUUAUGCAACGACUCGUGUGAUGAAUGAACACUUUGUUUAAGCUUCAGGGCUGCCUAUGGGGGAGACACUCAGCACAAGAAAGGGAGCAGAAAAUUCAACAGCAGGCUUGAUUGGCCGUCAAACACCAGACUUCAGUGUAUUGUAUAUUGUAUUUUAAAUUGUAGAGUAUCAACAUAUUGUAUUUAUUAUUAGCCAAUGCUGGCUCUAAAAUUGUCAGUAAAACAACAACACAGACAAUCGGAGAAAUAGAAAAGAAAAAAAACAUGUUUGAUGAAUUUGAGCUAACAAUGGUUUUCAGUGAAUUCACCAUCUCAUUUAGAUUUUAUUGUAAAUAUAACAUAGGAAAUAUAUUUUUGUCCAUUAGUGAAGUAUAAGUUAUGUAUUUGAUUCUUCUAUUUUAUCCUCUGUUUUUAUUUCUGUACGUGGUUUCAUGUUUUUAAAACCUGACAAGUCACCGUACCUCAUGUAGAUGCUGAUUUCUGGCCAUUGGAAGAGAGCAGUAUUUGACCUGUGACAGUGAAGCACCUCACUUGCCAAUGUUAUCUUCCCUGGACUAUUCAAAAUACCAAUCAAAAUCUAAUCUACUUAUCUGAAUAUAUGGGUCCUUACAAGUAAGGAACUCCUUUAGGAAACACGCUCUUCUUGUAAAAGGAUUACACAAUCAUUUCUUUCCAAAUGGUACAAACCAUGUGGUAUGCUGUAUGUUUUGGUUACAAUAACAAUCACAAUUUGUGGCAAUUAUCUUACGAAGAGCUGAUACCUAAAAUCUGCAUGCAUCUGACAUUUAAAUUAGAGUUUUUUCAUGAAUGAUUGUUUGAAACACAAGUAAUGUUUUUCUUCUUUUUUUUUAAAAAAGGGGGGUCGUGCAAAUAUUUAUUUGUUUUAAUUUUGCAAAAUGCACCAAUAUGCUGAAUUCUUCAUUCUUAAUUCUCUCCUCGUCAUUUUUUGUAAAUGCUGAUUUUUAAUGAACAUGGUCAUGACUAUCCGGCCAUCUUCAAAAUGUAGCCCUCAUAAUUGUUUUCCCUCAAUCCACUUGCGGUGGUUUGAGCAAACAACUGAAGACAAAAGCUUGUAUGAUGUUUCAACAUUACUUACUGUAAUUUAAUUUUAAUUUUUUUCCGUCUGAACUUUGUGAUGUAUAUGAUGGGAAUGUUCUUUGUGUUAAUUUAAUCAGCACAAUUCACUGACAUGCUGGACUGACAUGCUAGCUGCUGUUCAGAAGUGUAAACUUUGUUCUUCAGGGCAACAUUUGUAGUUGUCUUUGGUACUUUGCUUUUUAGAAUUGUCUCUUUAAACAACACUGUGUGUGGCUCUUCUAAUACUGGAGCUGUUGUUUUGAAAUUUGCUGGCAGCCUGAUUCAAGUUUCUGCGUAGAUUUUCUUUUUCCCCUGGCAGGUACCUAGGCCCAUGGCAAGUAUUGUUUGGCUGUAGAGAAAAUGAAAUAGUGUCUGUUGCUGCUUUAAAAAAAAAAAAGGUUUAUGUCUGAAUAUGUAAAUAUUUUAUCAUAAUAUCUUGUACAGUCCAAUGUAAAGUUUUUAAUUCAACUUAAAAAAAAUGUUUGCCAUCACAUUUUUGUUCACAUUCUUCUUUAUACAGUACAAAAGAUUAAUUAUUUGCUAAGGGUAUUGGUAAAAAGAAAAAAAAAAAAAGAAAAAUGUUAUAAUUUUUUUUAAAUGUUUGUUUUGCUUGGCUUCAAAGUGUACACCAGCAAGUCUUUGUUUUCCAUGUGCAGUAUUGACGUGAGGUGAAUAUAAGGUGAAUCAUUUUACAGUGGUGUGUGCGGAGAGCUGUCUUCUCUGCUUUGGUAGUAUUAAUACACUAUAUUGAGUAAAAACAAACCAAUGAGAGACACAUUCAGGUGCAUCUAGGCACCAUAGAAAUGUGUAUACUGUAUAUGAUUAAAUUAUCCCCACAGGAUCAAUUCAGGCAUUAUAAUGUAACACCAUUUUCUGUAUGUCUCAGUCCAUUGUAAACAUGCAACAGUGGAUGACUAACUGCCUGUUCAAACUCAUUUACCUCAAGAAUUCCCUCCUUUUCUGUAAAUGAAACAGAAAUUGUGUUACAGAAAACUUUUCCCAUCACUCCAUCUUUUGUACUGCUGUUGACACUUACAAAUUAAAGAGACAUUUUGUUUUAA